AUGUCAGAGACCGUGAUAUCGGCUACAAUAAGUUCUCUAGGGUUUUUGGACAAAGAUAUUUAUCAACCGGAACCUGAUUUCAUUGGUAAGUUUUGAUUUUUUUCGUGUAAUAACUGUUGUUUACAGCUGGAAUCCAUGAUUUGAUCCGAUUUUUGCACAAUGAUGGAAAUGAUCACCUGGCUAGAAGAAUGUGUUUAUCAAAAAAUAUCUUGAAAAAUGACCUCCUUCCUUUCAUGGCUAACGAUGACUGCAGUGAUGAUGAUUUCGGGCUUGUUUUGAGGUUAGUUUUAGAUCUAUUUCAUUAUUUGUUUAGGUUGUCCCUAAAUUUAUGCCAGCCUGCAUUAUCAGUUUUUCGUUUUCAAAUUCCCGAAACUGAAGAAGAAGUUCAAGUAUAUUAUGAUAUUGAUGCCAAUCUAAUUAAUAACCUUGGAGCGUUUUGCUCGGAGAAAUUGUUUCGGAAGCUUAAUAUCAAAAUAAAAACAUUUUACGAUGCGGUAAGUUUUAACUGAUUAAAUAAAAUUUCGUCUUAGGAACUUGUCGAUCGCAGAGAAGUCGACAAGAUUUUAAUUGACAGAACUGUAAUGCUAAUAAGAUAUGCUUUUUCGAUUGGAAUGGAAGGACCAAAAUGCGCCGAGGUGGGGAUAUUAUAAAAUAUUUAUUUGUUUUUAGAUCUCUUCGGUCAAUGUAAACUCCAAACGUCAAAUGAUAGACGCUUUCCUGAAGUCAGGAGUUGGUGAUACUCUUUUCUCGAUAGCUAGAAAUAAGAUGGAGAGAGAGCUUGCCGUGCAUAUAUUAGCCAUUAUUUCUUUAUUGUUCCGAAGCUUUGUAAGUCUUUAAGACUAGGAUUGUAUGGAAUUAUAGCCCUGUGAAAGCAUUGCUUGCAUUGGAUCGGAAGAAGGUACAAGGAAAACGGAGGCUGACAAUGUUUUAAAGGCCAGGUUGGAUCACGAGGUCAACAAAAUUGCACUGAAAAGGUAACUCUAUCGUCCUAAUCCAAAUAUUUGAUUGAUUCCAGAAGAAGCCUUCAAACCCGACAAUUAGGAAGUAAUUAUGUAAUCAAAAACGCAGCGCUCAACUCUGAAAAUGACUUACUCGUACAAAAGUAAGGUUUAACAAAAAAAAAGAUUUGUUUAGACCUAUUUCCGAUGAUCCCUUGGAAAUUAUAAAACGGCGGAAACAUGCGAAGGGCCCCGGAAAAAGAUAUUUGGUCAAGAAUUUUAUGGAAUCAGUUUUCAAAGAGAACUCUACAAUAUCCAAAGAACUGGCUUUGAGGGUGCGAGGAUACUGUAUCUCUUUGAUUAGCAAUGGUUUCGACAAACUGAUGGACUCGACCAGAGAUUCAGUAAGAAUCUUUUUUUACUACAGUCUUUAGGCAUUUUCAGAAAAUCGUCAAGGAUUGUAUGUCUACAAUGACGUAAACUACUUCUCGCUGGCUACAUUUGUUCUCGAAUUUAUGCGUUUGGCACGAUUACCCUUAGAGAACGUAUGCUUUUUUCAUACAUUUAUUAUUUUUUUAGGUAUCUUUCGUUCUUUCGAUUAAUUUCUUUAAUCAUAUUGUUUCUCAAACGAUGACUUAUUUCGAUUUUUUCAAAACGGACAAAUCAAAUAUCAAACUCUACGUUCUGAGGGCUCAAUAUUCGCUUUCUACUUUUAAGGAAGUAUGUCAUUUGUAAGUGCACUUUUGGUUGUAUUUUGUUGGCUUUUAGGUUAUAUGCGAUCUCUACCGAUGAAAAGGAAAACGAUUCUUUUGAUGAGAUUUGUACACAGAUAUAUGACCAGGAUGACUAUCGACUGUUCUGCUUCCAUAUUCUUGGAGAACUGAAGGUAUUUGUUGUCUUGCAAAAUUUUGUUUAUUUGUAUAUUAGCCCCAAAAUAUGACCAAAAAACUGCUGGAAGACGUAAUCAUGGGAACGCAUUAUUUUUUGGCUGUCAUGGAGAAACGUUACAAAAAAGGCCAAUUGGUGACAAUCGAGAAGAAAAAGAAGAAAAAACCCGCGAAGAAGGCUAGAAAAAAUAAGAAUAAUCAGGAUGUCCAUACGUCUGAGCAGUUCGAAUAUGUUCAACCUGAGCAAGAAGAACUAAAGGGAACAUGGGAUGCCUUGAAGGAAGAGCUCUAUGAGUGUUUGCGUGGAGAUAUUCAGCCUACUGAAGGGCUGAUACCUAUUGAUAUUGCUUUAAACGUUGACGAUGAGACCCAUCAGUGAGGGAUUGUUUAUUAUUUCAAUUUUUAUUUUCUUUAGGACUUUUGCUUUAUGCCAGGUUCAGAGUGCAUUAAGAGAGCGACGCAUAUUAGAUGCUGUGGCUCUUUUUAACGCAUCAAGAGACCUAUGGCCUGACAGUGCUUUUGGAUCCAAGUGUGCGUCUACGGAAGAGUUAAUGGAGAAUAUUUUGGAAAUAUUCAAUGUCGAUCUGUCCGAAGAGGCCAAAAAAUAUUUCGAGGAAAGACAGAAAGUUUACAAGACGGUGUCCGAAGAAGACGGAGUCGGCCCUUCGGCGAGCGAUCAUGAAGAUCAGAAGGUCGAUGACUCAGAAUACGAAACCGUCCAAAUACCUUUCGAAUUAAGCGACUUUGUUAUUAGUUUUGCCAAGCCUGAUGUCCUUUAUUGGUAAGAUGAUUACUUAAAAAUUUUAUUUUGUUGCAGGUAUAUCUACCUCCUACGACAUUUCGAAAUAAACACAGAUUCCAUCAACAAGGCAUGCCUCAAAAUGCUACAUAGAAUCGCGUUUGAUCAGGGAUGCCACCCAAGGUUAUAUUUGGUAGGUGUCAUAAAUACGGUCUCUAUUUGUUUAGGCUUCUCUGUUUAAUGUUCUCUUGGAUGUUAACAAGAACUUUGAAGGUCUCCCGAGAGAUCAGUGGAAGGUACACAGGCAUUACGAGUUAUUUCAAUUUGGAUUUUUCCUUAUAAAGCAUUUCCUUAAACACCUAGAACAACGAGGAGAGCGUUUGGUUGCAGAAUUGCUGUUCUUUAAGAAUGCAAAGGAAGCCUUUGAAAUCCAAGAAGGGUACGGCGAGUAUGAGUAAGUGGUUUGUUGAACUUUGUCUUAUAAAUGUUCUGUUACAGUGCAAAAAACAAGAAAAACCCACAUGGUGGAACAUGGCCAGAAGCAUUGGAGGAAGAGUUAAAGCAGUUAUACAAGGAUUAUGAGGAAUUGGAAGAGAAACCAGAAGGUAAUUAUAUGCCCGUUAGUGUUGACAGAAAUUUAGGAAUCAGUGUUGUUGAUUUCAUCGUUUCAAAUCUCUCCAAAGAACGGUAUCCAAAACAAGUUAAAAGGCAUCUCAAAGAACUUGGUUUGGUGAUUCCAAAGAACAAGACAAAGAAACCGGCUAAGAAGAGGAGAGUAAAGGAUAAGUAUGAAGAUGAGGAAACUGAUGCCGAGAAUAAACAAUUAGAUGAACACCCAUCGGAUGGUGAGGAUUCCCCAUCAACAGCAUCUGAAUCAGGCGGCGAAAAUUAUUUGGAUGACGAUGAUUUAUUGGGCCCGUCUUUUAUUAAGGACAACGAGCAAAAAGUUGAUGAGGGAAAUCCAAAAUUCGCUUCAGAGAACACAGAGAAACGAAUAGAAUUGUCAGAAGAUAAUGAGCAGGAAGGAAAUGGAACACGGAGAUUAGGCAGGGAAUUGGAACCGUUCAAACCUUUUGAGUUAGAUGAUACUGGAAAUGAUUCUGAGCAAGAGGGGGAUGUGGAGACUGAGCAAACAAGUGGACAAAUUCAAAUACUUUCUGAUUCAGAUGAUAAUUUCGACGAAGAAAAGCAUCAGAAACACUAUCGGGGAAGGAAACGUGUAAUUGACUCGGAUGAUGAAGAAGAAGAAGUACCAAUUAAGGUGAAGAAAAGAAUUCUCGACGGUAAGGGUUUAACUAGUGUUUACUGAAUUGAAGAAAGAAAUUUGUCUGAAAUAAUGACGUCAUGGGAUCAUGUUUACAACAUUUCUAAUCUCAACUUUUUCAGAUGAUGAGUGA